GGACAGAGCCUUAGCGGGGCUGCAGAGCCACAAGCCGCCGAGAAGAUGCUGGCUCCGUCCGUCCAUCCGCUCCUCUGGCUGUUUGGCUGCGUGCUGUUCCGAGGUACUACAACCUCCACAGACUCCUCUGUCCAUGCUGUAACAGGUCAAUCCCAAUCAACAACACACAGCCCCGAAGUAAAGAACCAUACCUCAGAGCCUUCAGUAAAAUCAACAACACCGACCGACUUCAAUCUCACCUCUGUGGGUCAAACUACUACAGCCAAAUCCUCUUCCGUCGCCACAACACUGCUAGCGUUGACUGCGCGAGAUGAAAAGUCUAGUGGAAGCAGAAGCACAGCAGCUUCACCAUCACAAGGUCAAGAGCCCAAGAGAAGUGAGAGUACCACAACAUCAGCAACUCAAGGCACCUCAAAGCCAGUCACCCCAACACCGAAGUCCUCUGACUACUUGCCUGUGCCCACUCCGACAGAUGAUAAAUCACCACUGACGGUGGCAGCUUUUGGUGUCAUCAGCUUCAUAGUUAUCCUGAUAGUGGUUGUGAUCAUUCUGGUCAGCGUGGUCAGCCUGAGGUUCAAGUGUAACCGCUCAAAGGACUCAGAAGACAAACAGAAACCAGGGACCUCCAUGGUAUCAGACAGCUGCUCGGCAGGCACAAGCCAGAAGGAUAACAGCAUCACUCUGAUCUCCAUGAAGAACAUCAACAUGAACAACAGCAUGAGUUACCCACCCUCAGAAAAGGUGCUAUGAAGCCAAGGGCCCAGAGCUUGAAGCUGACACGUGACAAUCAGCAGUGACUUUCUAGGUUCCUUUUUUUUUUUUUCUUUCCCUUUGGGGAAAGAGCAAAGGUAGACUUUAUAUAUAAAUUAUUAUGCCCUUCCUGAUCAAUACAUUUACAGUAGCAUCCCACAUAGCUUCCCCACCUGGGGUCUAAGGGCUUUCUCCAGUUACAGCCUGCCAUGCUCAAUGGUUGAUAUCUAUUUUUUAUAUGCCUUCAAACCCUCAGAUUAUUCCAGCAGCAAGAAGCCCCAAGGAACCAUCUACUUGGCUAAUAAACUGCUGUCUUAGAUUAAUGGCCUUUAUAGUCUGUGCCAGCCAGUCACAGGCUCGUUUAUCAGUACAGCCCCACACUGAGUCAAACCCGUGCGCUAGAAAAGCGUGAUCUGAAGCUGAAGACCUAAUGGGACUUAAAUGGCCAAGUGCUAGGUCAAAUCCCAGCACGACUGCUCCAAGCCCCUCAUCCUUGGUGCCCUCAUUGUCCCCACAGCGGUGGGGAUGAUCAUAUCCACCUACCUCACAGGGUUGUUGUGAGGCUAUGUUAAUCAAUGUCUGUAAAGCAUUUGGAGAGCCAUGGAUUAAAGGUGCUGCUGAAAU